AGAUGAAACUCAAUCUUAGUGAAUACACUGAGGAGUGUCAGGUAGGAGUGAAUGAUCCAGAACCCUGUGAAAAGCUUUUCCAACCUAUAAUUCUAGAUGAAGGUAUUUGCUAUACUUACAAUAUGCUGGAUCGAACAGCUAUCUUCAGGGAUGAUGUGUAUCGAUUCAAAGAUUAUCACAAAAAUGAAAACACGGUGAAUUGGGACAUUGACAAUGGAUAUACCUUCAACGAUAGUACACCUGAUGGUUCAUUUUUGAAUUACCCUAAUAAUGCAUAUCUGUCUGGAUAUGAGAAUGGCUUGCACAUCACGUUUAGGCAAUCAGCUAGUGAACUGGACUACUUGUGCUCACCAAAUUCACAAGGAUUUAAAGUUUCACUGCAUGCUCCUCACGUUUUACCCCAAUUAAAAAAACAGUUCUUUCAAGUAUCAUUCGGUGAUGCUAUUAUGGCUGCUGUGCAGCCAAAAAUGACAAAAACCUCUCAACAAGUGAGAAAGUACCAUCCUGACAAAAGAGAAUGCUAUUUCAGUAACGAAAAGUAUCUAAGAUACUUCAAGCAGUACACGUCAAGUAACUGUCGCCUAGAAUGUUACACAAACUAUACGUCAAUGUUAUGUGGAUGUGUACAGUUCUACAUGCCCAGGGAAUCGUCCACCGAUAUUUGCGGGUCCGCUUCAUUUUUGGUAUUCCAACAACCAUGUACAGAUGCAAUGGAAUCUGUGCUUAAACGAAAGGAAGCCCAGCAUAGCGCAACUAAUCAAAACGGCACGUCUUUCUGCGACUGCAGACGAUCCUGUGUGGAGAUAAAUUAUGAAGUGCAGCUCAGCCAGUAUACCUGGAAUUACGGGGAAAAACACCUAGCUCGCUACAGAAAUAAAAAAAACGAAUCGUAUCUAUAUGCCAGAUUGUCAAUAUUUUUCAAAGAAGACUUCUUUCUAACACUGGAAAGAAACGAAUUAUAUGGACCAAUUGAUUUCCUAGCCAACUUUGGGGGCCUUCUUGGAUUAUUUACUGGAUUCUCCCUUCUGUCCUUGGCAGAAAUAGUGUAUUUUCUAUCUGUUAGAAUCUGCUGCAAUUUCAGGUUGCACAAAUUUUGGACUGGGCCCAAAAAUUAAUCAUAUUGCACUUUUCAACCAAGUAUCUAAUUAUUCGUUUAGUACAAACUCUGUAAAUCUAUAGAAAGAAAUUUACUUGGCACCGAUAUAAAACAAUCGACUAAAUACUUUUACGCGCGAUUUUCUUAGUACCGCUCUUACGCAGUUUUACACAAUAAUUGCAAAAAUCAUAUUCGUAUUUUAAAACUUCGUCAUAUCAGCAACUUUCCACUACUGUCACUCAUCACGCUUGCUAUAACCAGUUAUAAUACACCUAGUCAAUAAAUAUAAUUUACUUUUUGUAAUUAAGCAAUUAGUACGUUUUCGAUCUAAACGACAAAAGCUAACUUCGAAAUACGUACCUAUCCGCUAGGGGCAGAUACCUUCAUUUUCAACACGCUUGAAGUCCGAAUAAAUAGUCCGAAUAAAUAGGGUGUGGGCAUCAUUAGCAUCACCAUGUUAGGGAUAUGCUUUCCCUCACGUGCGGGUAUAAAAGUACAACAGCAACAAGCAACUGUCAAAUGAACUGAAUGAGGUUAUUUUUUUUGUAAUUUAUAGUACACAAUAAAUCACUUUUCUAUAAA